UCCUGAAGACCGUCCCACUACAAGGGUAGCAUGGGAGAGCAGAGCAGGACGUGACAGAAAGGAGGAUAGGGCAGGACGAGAGAGGACGGAUGAUAGGCCAGGACUGAUGCAGGAGAGGAUAGGACGGGAUAGGGUUGCUUCAAUCAGCAGUGCAGGAUCCCCAGGCAGAAGGUCAAAUUCUCCACAUAAUAUGGCGAUAGAGACUUCAUUUUGCGGUGGAAAACCUAUCCCAACCCCAAGCCUUGAUCUGGCAGGAGAAACAGUUAGCAUUGCCAGCUCAGAUGAUGGACCGGAACGGGAUUUGAUUGAAGAAAUAAAUCGAAGAACUCAGUUUCCUAUUGUAAAGCAGGAUUCCUACAGUCAUGCUAUCUAUCAUGCGACCAAAACUACUAGGCGAGAUGUCAGAAAACAAGGAAGCUAUGAGCAGGCUGUAGAGAGUGGAGUGGUUAAGGAUAUUGCUAUGCGAAGAACAAAAAGAAUUCUGAAAUACAGAAAACAAGAUUCAUAUCAGAGGGCUAUUGGAGGAUCUUUCGAGGAUGAGCAUAGUAUUCGAGAAGAUGGAUCUGCAGCUAGGAUCCGGAAACAGGAAUCAUAUCUCAAGGCAGUCGGAGAAGUUUCACCUGAUACAGAGAUAAAAGACCUGGAUGGAGCGGUAGAGGUUCAAACUUCAGGAUUAUGCAAACAAGACUCUUACAUUGAAGCAAUUAGGCGUUCAAGAUCCCCUUUUAAUGAUGAAAUCAGUAGUCGUUCUAGCAUCCUAGGACCAUUGCAGGAAGACAGCUCUUCAAGAAAGCCAACCUUCAGGCUUGGAGAUGAUGGUACACCUCAUGUAACACCUUUAGUUUCCCCUCGUCACAGUCAAAUCUGUAUACCUCCAACCACUAACAAUAAUCUUAGAAUGAGGAAACAAGACUCAUAUACCAUGGCCCUGGAAGAAGAAAGCAGUGAUGAGGAUUACAUUGAUAAAGAAAUCAACAGAAAGAUUGCCUUGAAAAGAACUGAAUCUGUGAAAACAGUUGUUAAGGAAUGUAUAAAUGAAAAUGAAGAUAUACUCUUUAGAAUUAAGCGAAGAAACAAAAGAGAACAAGAAGCAAUUGAUAAGCUAAAACUUGAGAAGUACAAUGCCUUAAAUACUAACAAAACUCUACAGGAUUCAAAUGCAAAUAUAAGUUCAGUUGACACACCUACGGAUGACAAUGGUGUAUAUAGAGAAUCUUCUGAGACUGAAGAAGAGAUCAAAGCAGCAGUCUUGAUACAAUCUAUUUUUAAAGGAUACAAAACAAGAAAAGAAAUUGGAGGCCUCAAAGCUUUUCUUUGUAAUAUGACAGAGCAGAUAAAUGAAGAAGACUUAAUGAAUGGAUCCAAUGAUAAAAAUGCUGCCAUGAAACGAAGACAAGAUUCUUAUUUGGCAGCACUAGACAGCCCAACAGACAGUAAUGGAGACGAACCUGAUCCUCAAGUAAGAUCAUGGAAGAAAAGGCAAGAAUCGUACCAGGCUGCUAUGCAUGAAGAGGAAGAAGAGAAUCCUAUUUUGAUGAAUCAACCUCUAAACUGGAAAAAAAGACAAGAUUCAUACUUGUUAGCUGUUGAAAUACCAGUUGAGGUAAUUUUGACAAAUCAAAAUCAAGUGGAGAAUGCUCGAAGUUUGGGAACAAGACAAGCAUCUUAUCAACAAGCAAUUGAGGAUGAAUUGGAAAGUGAUGGUGGGGCAACAGUUGUUGAGAUUAUAGAAAACAAUGAUCAGCCAGAGGACAAGAAAAAGAAAAAGAAUGUAAGACAAGAUUCAUAUCAGCAAGCAAUAGAGUCUACACUAGUAGAGCAGAUUAGUAAAGAUGUUCAACCUGUUCAAGAGGCUUCCAAAGAAAAUUCAAGCAACUCUUCUCUUAAACCAGAAACACAAAUAGGAGAUAAGUUGAACAAAUUUGUUGCUAAAAAACAAUCUAAAAGCCCAAGGCGAAGAGCAGAAGCAUAUCCAAGGCCACAGUCCAGUUCCUCUGAUGAGGAAAACAAGCAUGUUCAGCAAAAACGGACACCUCGCUCUAAAGUCACAAAGAGAUCUAUGGAAAAAAGCUCUGAAUCCAUGGAAAUUUCUGCUGUUAAGGGAAUAUCUAAAUUUUCUGAGGCAGCCAAUCUUUUGAAUGCUGCUAUCAGAAUUCAGUCUGCCUAUAGAGGAUUCAAAGCUCGUGAAGAGAUAAGGGAGCACCAUGACAGCAUUGAUAUCCCUGAUGAUGUACCUGUAAGAAAAUUUAUAAAGAAACCUAAUAAAAAGCCUGAAAAGAAAAGAAGAGCUGCAUGGACAGAUGUAGUUGAAGCUGUUAUUACAAUACAACGUGCAUACAGAAACUACCAAAAAAUAAAGAUACUGAGAGAAGUUGGUGUUGUUGAUGUACAAAGUGCUGAGAAAGCAAUAAUAAAAAUUCAGUCACAAUUUAAGGGAUUCCAAACUAGGAAAGCAUUGGAAGGCAUAAAACCCAUAUUACAAAAGCAUACUGCAAAAAUUGUUGAGAAACCCAAACCUACAAAACCAGUUAAAAUUGCAACAGGUUUACAGCAGUCCAGACCAAAUCAAUCCAUAAAUGUAGUUCCUAAAACUGGCCCAGCCAAACCAGUUUCGAAACCAACCUCAUCAGCAAUCAAAAGUUCAAAACAAGUCAAGACCCAAGUUAACCCUGCUACUGUAAAAGGCAAUUCAAAGGAAGUUAAACUUUCAACAGUAAAAGAUGCUAAAACAGUAGUUAAAACUCAAGUUAAUUCAAAAGCUUCAAAAAUUAAUGUUAAAGACAUUAAAAUGGCUGAAAGUUCUACAAUAAAGAAAAGGCCCAUUCGAACUGCAACUUAUACAGUAGAAACACCAGUUAUUGGUAAACCUGGAAGAACUGAAAAUGAAAUUCCUGACUUAACAGAUUCAGAUGUUAUUGAUGCAACUAAGAAAACUCAAAUUGCCUAUAAGGGAUUUAAAACCAAAAAAGAACUUAAAGAUGCAGGAGAAGAUCUACCUGAUCUUGAUGCAGCUGAUGUUGCUGCAGCAACUGUAAAGAUUCAAGCAGCUUUUAAAGGGUUUCAGGCUAGGAAGAUGAUAAAGAAACAAAAGGAUGUCCUCCCAAACCUAAAUUGUGCUCAGGUUAAAGAUGCUACAUUAAAAAUUCAAUCUGCAUACAGAGGUUUCAAAACAAGAAGAGAUCUAAAAGAGUCUCGAGAGGAUUUUUCUGACCUAAAAGCAGCUGAUGUUGCAGCUGCAACCAUAAAAAUACAAGCUGUUUUUAAAGGAUACAAGGUCAGAAAGAUGGUCAAAGAGCAUAAAGAACAACUACCUAAUCUUAACUGUGCACAGGUACAAGAUGCUACAGUAAAGAUACAAUCCGCGUACAGAGGAUUCAAGACCAGGAAAGAGCUAAAAGAGUCUGGAAGUGACCUACCAGAUCUCAAAGCAGCUGAUGUUGCAGCAGCAACAGUGAAAAUACAAGCUGCUUUUAAGGGAUAUAAAGCUCGAAAAAUGGUUCAAGAGCAUAAAGAACUUCUUCCAAAUCUUAAUUGUGCACAAGUACAAGAUGCAACUUUAAAGAUACAAUCUGCUUAUAGAGGGUUUAAAACCAGAAAAGAGCUGAAUGCUUCAGGCGAAGAUCUGCCUGACUUGAAUGCUGCUGAUGUAGCAGCAGCCACUGUCAAAAUACAAGCAGCGUUUAAAGGAUACAAGGCUAGAAAAAUGGUGAAAGAGCAAAAGAAACAACUGCCAAGCCUAACCUGUAACCAAGUACAAGAUGCAACCCUGAAGAUACAAUCUGCGUACAGAGGUUUUAAAACAAGAAAAGAGCUAAAGGCAACAAUGGAUGAUUUGCCUGACCUUAAAGCUGCUGAUGUUGCUGCUGCUACUGUUAAAAUACAAGCUGCUUUUAAAGGGUAUAAGGCUAGAAAAAUGGUUAAAGAGCACAAAGAAGUGCUACCAAACUUGAAUUGUGCACAAGUAAAAGAUGCAACAAUAAAGAUACAAUCUGCAUACAGAGGUUUUAAAACUAGAAAAGAGCUAAAGGCAUCUGGGGAGGAUUUGCCAGACCUUAAAGCUGCUGAUGUUGCCGCUGCUACAGUUAAGAUCCAAGCUGCGUUUAAGGGAUAUAAGGCUAGGAAGAUGAUUAAACAACAUAAGGAAGUGCUACCGAACUUAAAUUGUGCGAAAGUAAAAGAUGCAACAUUAAAGAUCCAAUCUGUAUACAGAGGUUUCAAAACAAGAAAAGAGUUGAAGGCGAGUGGUGAAGACCUUCCUGACCUGAAUGCUGCAGAUGUAGCAGCAGCCACUGUCACCAUACAAGCUGCUUUUAAGGGGUAUAAGGCAAGAAAAAAGGUUAAAGAAUAUAAGGAAGCUAUGCCUAACUUGAAAUGCGCUCAAGUGCAAGAUGCAACAUUGAAGAUUCAGUCUGCAUACAGAGGUUUCAAAACCAGAAAAGAGUUGAAGGCCAAUGGUGAAGAUCUUCCUGACUUAAAUGCUGCUGAUGUAGCAGCAGCUACUGUCAAAAUACAAGCAGCAUUUAAAGGAUACAAGGCUAGAAAAAUGGUAAAAGAGCACAAGGAAGUGCUCCCAAACUUAAAUUGUGCACAAGUACAAGAUGCAACAUUGAAGAUUCAGUCUGCAUACAGAGGUUUUAAAACAAGAAAAGAAUUGAAGGCAAAUGGAGAAGAUCUUCCUGACUUAAAUGCUGCUGAUGUAGCAGCAGCUACUGUCAAAAUACAAGCAGCGUUUAAAGGAUACAAGGCUAGAAAAAUGGUAAAAGAGCACAAGGAAUUUCUCCCAAACUUAAGUUGUGCACAAGUACAAGAUGCAACAUUGAAGAUACAGUCUGCUUAUAGAGGGUUUAAAACCAGGAAGGAGUUGAAGGCCAGUGGUGAAGACCUUCCUGACUUGAAUGCUGCUGAUUUAGCAGCCGCUACUGUCAAAAUACAAGCUGCUUUUAAGGGUUAUAAGGCCAGACAAAUGGUAAAAGCAAAAAAGGAAGAACUGCCCAGCCUAAACUGUGCCAAAGUACAAGAUGCAACUUUAAAGAUACAAUCUGCAUACAGAGGUUUUAAAACAAGAAAAGAGCUAAAGGCAUCUGGAGAGGAUUUGCCUGACCUUAAAGCUGCUGAUGUUGCCGCUGCUACAGUUAAGAUCCAAGCUGUGUUUAAGGGAUAUAAGGCUAGGAAGAUGAUAAAUAAACAUAAGGAAGUGCUACCAAACUUAAACUGUGCACAAGUAAAAGAUGCAACACUGAAGAUUCAAUCUGCUUAUAGAGGUUUUAAAACCAGAAAAGAGCUAAAUGAUUCUGGAGAGGAUCUGCCAGAUCUAAAAGCUCCAGAGUUAGUAAAUGCUGCAUUGAAAAUUCAAGCAUAUUACAGAGGUUUUAAAGUAAGACAAGCAUUUAGACAACAAGAAGCACGUCAAGAUGAAACAGCAGCUAAUAUUGCUGCUGCAGCUCUAAUGGUGAGACUAAAUCAAGACCUUAAAAGUUCAAAAAUGUUAAAAAAUUUGCCUAAAACCCCAUUAACAUCAAUUGAUAUUCCGAAAGAGGAAAUGUUUAGAGCUAGAAAAAUAAAACCAGCACCAGUGGCAAUGAAAAGUAUGGCAAAAAAACCUGCACCUAUAAUAGACAAAUUUCCCACAUCUGUUGGACAAAGAGUUAAAAAAAGCUAUCCGGAAAUUGUAGAUGAAAGAGACCUGAUCAGACGACCAAAGAAAUUACCAGGUCUUCCACCAGAUGUUCUGAAAGAAGAGCGCUCAAGUGAGUUUUCUCAUCAUCCAGCAGAUGUGGUUAUGGCAGCAAUUACACUCCAAAGAUUCUUUAGAAGAAUUGCUGAAAAAAAGAAUAGUUCAAAGAAAAAGCAAAAGGUAAAGAAAAAAAAAUCAGAGGAUAAUGACUCCUCUGACACAGAAUCUAAUUCCUCCAGCUAUGAUACCAGUGAUGAUGAAGAAGAACCUGAAGGAUCUGAAUCUGAUUCAAGUUCAUCAGAAUCUAAUUCACAAGUUAGAAAAGAGCCACCAGAUUCAUCAGAAACAGAGUCAGAAGAUGAGGAAGCAUCAAAUAUCAAUGGAGAUGAUUGUGAAGAAUCUACUCAUCAUUCCAAAACUGGUUCACAUGAAAAGAAAACAGUACGAUUUGAUGAAAUGGCCAGAUCAGCUUUAAUAAUUCAGAGAGCUUUUAGAAACUACAAAAAGAGUAAAGAUAGCUCUAAGUCAGCUGUAAAUAUUCAUCCAACUUCAGGCUUAAAACAGGAUAAACAAAGAACCCCUCUGUGCACUCCAGAUAGUUAUGAUUUACCAGAUCUCAACGAUAAGGAUAUUCUAAAUGCAACUAUCAAGAUACAAUCAACAUUUCGAGGUUUUCAAGUUAGAGACAAAAGGAUAAAGGAAAACAAGGAAGACCUACCAGAUUUGUCAGAAAAAGAAGUUCAGGAUGCAGCUCUGAAGAUUCAGUCUGUUUUUAGAGGUUUCCAGGUUCGACAUCAAAGUAGAAGGAAUGAAGAAGAAUCAUUACCAGAUUUAAAUGAUAAAGAUAUAUUAGAAGCAGCAAUUAAGAUACAGUCAGCUUUUCAAGGGUUUAAGGUUAGGGAUCAAAUAAACAAAAAUGAUGAAGAAUCAUUGCCUGAUCUUGAUGACAUGGAUGUUAAAGAUGCUGUUAUAAAAAUUCAAUCAGCCUAUAGAGGAUUUCAGGCUAGAGAAAAAACAAAGCAAAAAUCAAUUGAGUCUUUACCUGAUCUAAGUGACAAAGAUAUUCUGAAUGCUGCCAUCAAAAUACAAUCUGCAUUUAGAGGGUUCAAGGUUAGGGAACAGCAAGAUAAGAGUAGUGAAAAAGAAUCAUUGCCUGAUUUAACAGACAAAGAUGUGCAGGAUGCUGCCAAAAAGAUUCAAGCUGCAUUCAGGGGAUUCCAGGUGCGUGAUAAAGCAAAACAAACAUCUAAUAAAUCCCUUCCAGAUCUUAAUGAUAGAGAAGUAAUAGAUGCCGCCAUAAAGAUUCAAUCUGCAUUUAGAGGUUUUAAAGUAAGAGAUAAGAAAACUCUAAAUGAGGAAGAAAUAUUGCCAGAUCUAGAAGACAAAGAAGUGCAAGAUGCAGCAAAAAAAAAUCAAACUGCAUUCAGGGGAUUCCAGGUUCGUGAUAAAGCAAAACAAACAUCUAAUGAAUCCCUUCCAGAUCUUAAUGAUAGAGAAGUAAUAGAUGCCGCCAUAAAGAUUCAAUCUGCAUUUAGAGGUUUAAAAGUAAGAGAUAAGAAAGCUCUAAAUGAAGAAGAAAUAUUGCCAGAUCUUGAGGACAAAGAAGUGCAAGAUGCAGCAAAAAAGAUUCAAGCUGCAUUCAGAGGAUUCCAGGUUCGAGACAAAGCAAAACAACCAUCUAUUGAACCUCUACCAGACCUUGAUGACAGAGAAGUACUUGCUGCUGCAAUCAAGAUACAAUCUGCAUUUAGAGGCUUUAAAGUUAGAGAUAAGAAAGCUAUCAUUGAGGAGGAAACUUUACCAGAUCUUGAGGACAAAGAAGUGCAAGAUGCAGCCAAAAAGAUUCAAGCAGCUUUCAGAGGAUUCCAGAUUCGAGACAAAAUAAAAGAGGACUCAUGUGAUGCUCUACCAGACCUUGAUGACCAUGAAGUUUUGGAUGCUGCAAUUAAGAUUCAAGCAGCUUUCAGAGGAUUCCAGGCCAGGGACAAGGCAAAACAAACAUCUGCUGAAUCCUUAAUAGACCUCAAUGACAAAGAAAUGCUAGAUGCCGCCAUUAAGAUACAAUCGGCAUUCAGAGGGUUUAAAGUAAGGGAUCAAAAGACAAAGUGUGAAGAAGAAUCAUUGGUAGAUCUAACAGAUAACGAUUUAAAAGAAGCAGCAAUUAAGAUUCAGUCAGUGUUUAGAGGAUUUCAAGUGAGAGAUAAAGCAAAGAAAAACUCAGUUGAAUCUCUACCAGACCUGAAUGAUCAAGAAGUUUUGGAAGCAGCAAUAAAAAUACAGUCAGUAUUCCGUGGAUUUACAGUAAGGAAAAAAGUCGCCCAUUUAGAAGAUGAUGAAAACGAUGAAUUACCAGAAUUAUGCGAUGCUGAAACUUUAGCAGAAGCUUUAAAAAUUCAAUCUAAAUUUAAGGGACACAAAGGUGGGAAAGUUCACAAAGUGCCUAUGACUCCACAGCCUUCUUUGGACUUUGACAACAUUGCUCCAUGUGCAAUGACUGGCCCAUUAUUCAAUAACUCCAAAAGGGUUCCUCCUGUUCCAACACGUUAUGAUAGUAAGCAAAAUCAAAGUAAAAAUACCUCUCAAAUAGUGCCAAAAGUUCCUUUAUAUUCAGAUGUUCCCAAAUCCCCACUUCCUGCUCGAUCAAACAGACUGAAAGAAGUUUCUAUUCCAAAAGUACCUCAAAAUACAAAAGAGUUGGAUGCUUUUACAGAAACAAAUGAGCAACCAAUUAAACCAUCUGAGUUAGCUCAAUCUCAAGCAAGUGAAGCAGUGAGUUUUCUUCAACAAACUUUGAUAAGAAAAGAAUCUUUACAAAACUUUUUCAAAAAAAAUAGUGAUAUUCCUAGUCCUGUUUCGCCUUCUAAACAAGGGAGAGAUAAAUCUAUUGCUCUAAAUUCUGAGGAUGCUCAGAAUCGAACAAGAAGUAAAUCAAAAGAAAGAGAGAGGAAACCUCUCUCUCUUCCAAUAAAAAAGGAGGAAACAAAGAUAAAAAUAGGAGGAUUUUUUUCUUCUAUGUUUAAAAAAUCAGAGAAAACUAAGGUUAUUGCUCCAUCCUCUGAAAUUUGUUCCCCUCUAAGCAAUCCAAUGAAUAAUGUAGAAUUUAAAUUUAGUGAUAACCCUAAUAAUGAUUUCAAAAAAAAAGAAACCCCUAAAACACCAACAAAGAAGAAGGUGCUCUAUAGAAAAGAAAGUAGUUCUGAUACAGAGUCAGCAGGAAGCGAUGAUAACUUGUCCAGACAAGCAUCCGGAGAUAAUGGAUUAACUAUAGAUAUGUUGCAGGAGAGAACCGUGCAUAAUCAGAAGAAGACAGAGUUUUCAAAUACCCAAUCUAAUGGUACUAUCAUUAACAGCAUUCAAGACAAUGAACAUAGAGAACAAGAUGAAGAUUUGAAGAAAGAUCUCAUUCAUGUUGUUCUCACUGCAGUUGAGCAAAACUGGCUUAAACAAGCGCCCAAACCAACACUGGAUAAAGUCAAGGCACUUCAGGCCCCUGAUUCUGAUCCUGAGCUUGAAAAUUCUGAAAGAAGUACAAGUGAAGCAGAUUAUAUAAAGAAAAAGUUAAAAGCACAGAAGUCCCAGGAUUUAAACAGUGAUGAUGAAGGUGCUCAGCUAUUUAAACAAGAAUCUGCAGAUGGCGAAUUUCCCUAUAUUGAAACAACUCUGCCAGAAGAGCGUAAAGGUAUUGUAACUAUCACACCUUCGAACCAACGACUAUCAGAUUGUAAGCUGACUAGCAUAGAUAGACCUAGAAGUAAUUCUCCUCGGAAACCAGGUAAAUUAGAAGAUUAUUUGCAAGGACAAGAUAAGAAAGGUCCCUCUAGGGAGGGAUCACAAGAUAAAAUUACAGUAAAGCUUCCCAGACAAGAGUCCAAAUCUAAAAUAUUGAAACAAAAAACAGAAAACGAGUCUUGGGAUGAUUUUUCUGCAGCUGGGUUGCAAAGUCAGAAAAGAUCAUCAACUAAAACUAUCAAUGUUUGCAAAACUCAUUCAACUAUAGGGAAACAAGACUGGGUGGAUUGUGAAAAAUUACCAGAAACAAAGAAGACAGUAAAAAAGUACAGUUCAGAGGGAAGUAAACAAAAAGCUUCUGAUGCCAAAGAGUCCUCACUGCAAACCAUGUCUGGGACCCAGAUUGUUUCCCCUGAAGAAUGUUCAUGUGAUUGUCACCAUGAUACACCUCCCAAGAUACUAUCUCCAACCACAACUGAUCCUAAACCAGCCAGUAUUUUUAAUACAGGAGGUACAAAGCCUAAAACAAACCCUAGAACAUCAUCAGUCACAGCUCGGACCAAACCAAUCCCAUCUCAAGGCAAGGGGUUGGGUUCAAGAGCACUACCAUCAGCCUGCAGCAACAAAAAGAAACCAUCUUGCCCUCCCCCUGUUCCUAUUCGUACCACUAGUGUGACAAACCCAUCUAAACACAGUGCAAGAGAAAUCUCCACAAAUACCCGCGUAGUAAGAGAUGGGGCAGGAAGAGUCCUUGAGAAGACUGUUACAAAAACUUCUGCAGUGAGGAGGCAAGAGCCAAAACCUUCCAGAGAUUUUGUAAAACGAUCAAGCACAAUUUCAUCAGUAGAUGGAUCUGUUGAUUUGAAGUGAAGAUAAAGGUUUAACAACACAAUGGAUCAAAACAGAAAAUCUUGUUUAGUUUUGUUUCUCUUAAUGUGUUGUACAUUGAAUACCUCCAUAUUGAUCUUUAUUUUUUGAAAUUUGUGAUUUUUACUUAAAUCUUCAUAUCAGCAUCUUAAUUCUCUUUCACUGAAUAUUUUGAUGAUUCAUGAGUACUUUUCUAACGAACCUAAACUUCUUUUCAUUUUCAAUUAAUAAAAAAUUAAAAUCAAAAAUCAACUGCAUUUGAAAAUCCAAUUUCUAUGAAAUUUGAAGAAAAAAAUUUUGUUCUGCUAAAUUUUGUUGCAUUUCCAUCAGUCAAAUAUAAUGCGUGUACAAAAAUAUCAAGAGGUUUUUUAGAACUGGGAAAUUUUGAAUGAACAGAAUUAGUUAAACUCAUUAUUUGUGAGAAGAUUAGAUGUUACUCAAAAAUCUUCUUAGUAAUAUUCUUCGAAAGUUUUAGUAAAAGAGUUUAGCUAAUCAUCUUAUGAAAAUUCAAUUUUUCUAAGUCCCAGCUUUGAAAAAAAAAAUCGGAGGAAAGGUUAUUUUUAAAAAAGAAACUGGAUU